AGCGUCUUGUCUGGUGACGUGUCUCUCCGGCUCGCUCUUUUCUCUCGGAGCGGCUGAUGGAGCCACACUGACUCCGCUCAACACUCACUCGGUUACCACUGACACGGCUGGAGGCGGCCCGCGGACACCAUGGGGAUUAAGUUUUUAGAGGUCAUCAAACCGUUCUGUGCGGUGUUGCCUGAAAUUCAGAAACCAGAAAGAAAGAUUCAGUUUAGAGAAAAAGUACUAUGGACGGCCAUCACACUAUUCAUCUUUCUGGUGUGCUGCCAGAUUCCACUUUUUGGUAUCAUGUCAUCAGAUUCAGCGGAUCCCUUCUACUGGAUGAGAGUAAUUCUGGCUUCCAACAGAGGUACUCUGAUGGAGCUCGGUAUCUCGCCCAUUGUCACCUCAGGCCUGAUCAUGCAGCUGCUGGCUGGUGCCAAGAUCAUUGAGGUGGGAGACACUCCCAAAGACAGAGCGCUCUUCAACGGAGCUCAGAAACUGUUUGGAAUGAUCAUCACCAUUGGACAGGCCAUUGUAUAUGUUAUGACUGGCAUGUAUGGAGACCCUUCAGAGAUGGGUGCUGGGAUAUGUUUGCUCAUCAUCAUCCAGCUCUUUGUAGCAGGUCUGAUUGUCUUGCUGCUGGAUGAGCUCCUUCAGAAGGGCUAUGGGCUGGGAUCUGGAAUUUCUCUCUUUAUUGCAACCAAUAUCUGUGAGACUAUCGUCUGGAAGGCCUUCAGCCCCACCACUGUCAACACUGGCAGAGGUACUGAAUUUGAAGGAGCCAUCAUCGCUCUCUUCCAUCUGCUGGCCACACGCACGGACAAGGUGCGCGCCCUGAGGGAAGCCUUCUACAGGCAAAACCUGCCUAACCUCAUGAACCUCAUCGCCACUGUGUUCGUGUUUGCGGUGGUCAUAUAUUUCCAGGGUUUCCGAGUGGACCUGCCCAUCAAGUCGGCACGCUAUCGUGGCCAAUACAACACCUACCCCAUCAAACUCUUCUACACCUCCAACAUCCCCAUCAUCCUGCAGUCUGCUCUGGUGUCCAAUCUUUACGUCAUCUCUCAGAUGCUCUCAACGCGUUUCAGCGGCAACUUCUUGGUCAACCUCCUGGGAACCUGGUCUGACACUUCGAGCGGCGGACCGGCUCGGGCCUAUCCAGUGGGCGGCCUCUGCUACUACCUUUCUCCUCCAGAGUCUUUCGGUUCGGUCUUAGACGAUCCGGUUCAUGCCGUCAUCUACAUCGUCUUCAUGCUUGGCUCCUGUGCCUUCUUCUCCAAGACCUGGAUUGAAGUGUCUGGUUCCUCGGCCAAAGAUGUGGCAAAGCAGCUGAAGGAGCAGCAGAUGGUGAUGAGAGGACACAGGGAGACCUCGAUGGUGCACGAACUCAACAGGUACAUCCCCACAGCGGCUGCUUUCGGUGGGCUCUGCAUAGGAGGCCUGUCUGUCAUGGCUGACUUCCUCGGCGCCAUCGGGUCGGGUACAGGAAUCCUCUUGGCCGUGACCAUCAUCUACCAGUACUUUGAGAUCUUCGUCAAGGAGCAGAGUGAAGUCGGCAGCAUGGGAGCGUUGUUGUUCUAGAAGACGACAAUCUUCUGACACACAUCAAAC